CACACAACUUCCAGCACAUAUUGAUGGUUACAACCCAAUCUUACCCAACAGUUUAGUCAAUGCAACAGUAGAUUCGAUACCACAACGGACGACAAUGGACGACUCCCUCCACCACCUCUUCGGCACCUGCGCGUGCGAGCGGAACCAAUACACCGUCAUCAUCCCCUCGACCACCCCGUCACAAGCACAAGCACAAGAACAAGCACCACCCGUCCACGUCUUCUUCGACAACAGUCUCGCCAACCGACGAACGCAAGCCUCCCCCCUAACAGCCUGGCUCCGCGUGCCGCUAGAAUGGUACCACAGCGCCACCUACGCCCAUUUCCCCGACGAGACUCCUGCGUCGAUUAAACGGAUUUAUUACUCGCCUGCGGUGAGGAGGGGGGAGGGGGAGACGAGGAGGCAGUUCUGUGGGUAUUGUGGGACGCAUUUGACUGCUUGGAGGGAGGGAAGGAGUCGAGGGUUAAGUGGCGGUGGGGAUGGUGGGGAGGGUGGGAGUGAGUUUGUGGAUGUCACGUUGGGGAGUUUGUUGGGGGAGUCGUUGGAGCGGUUGCAGGCGUUGAGGCUUUUCGAUGAGGAUUUGGAGAGUGAGGGUGAGAAACCAGUGGCUGGAGGUCAGAUAGACCACGACACGCACAUCGCCACGAACGAGCGGCGACCCGGCGGCGCGGACGGACCUGCAGCAAUCAGACAAUCAGCACUACCCGGUUCGUUGCAUCGCAUGCAAGGCCGCGGGAUGCCGUACUUCGAAGAAAUGGUCGAGAAUAGCCGGCUGGGCCGCAUCAAGCGGCAAAAGGGCGGGCAUGUGAGCGAGGAUGGGCGGAGUAGGGUGGAGUGGGAGGUUGUGGAGAUUGGCGGGGAGGAUGAUGACGACGUGUCGGGGCGUGGUGCGUCGAGUGCGGUGGAUGUGGGUGGGAGUGGGAGUAAGAGGAUGAGGAUGGACAUUUCUUGA